AAUCAACACGAAUGCACCAGGUCGGAAUAAUUGAACGCGCAACGACACCAGGAACCACUUCAAACCGUCUCAUUUACGAUCGCGUCAAAUGCCUCAAUGACUACUCGAAGACCGCCACUCUUAGACAUUUCCAGUAACGACGUGAUGAGCUCCCCAGCCGCGACAGCAAGCAGGCGCAAGUCUGGACGCGCCGUGAGAGCACCAGAAAAGUUUAUGCCCGAGGCGCCCUCGUCCCAAGCAGGAUCUGCGAAUUCGAAGAGAAAAAGAACGGAAGAGGAUGGCGAGAAUGACGCGUCGGAAAUAGAUGACGAGGCAGAAGCCAGCGACGAUGCCAUUGCGAGCGCGGCAGAGGAGGAAUUACAAGAAGUCAGGAGGAAGGCAAAGACGACCAAAAAGCCUGCAGCAAAGAAGGCCAAAGUCAACGGCACAUCGUCGCGCGAAGAACCUCUAGCUGUGAAGCUCCCUGCUCGGCCGAAGAAAGGUGGCAAGCGUGUCGCGAUCGCGGAUAAGGAUGCUGAGGGGUUGUACGCCGAUGUAUUCCAAAGUGGCGAUUCUUCUGAGGAUGUCGUUACUGGGUGGUUGAGUGCAUACAGCGACGAUAAUUUCUCUGCGCUGGCUGAUUUGGUUAACCUCGUGCUCCGAAGCGCUGGCUGUGCUAUUGGAAUCACAAGCGACGACGUCAACGAUGAAGACAAUGUCAUGAACAGAUUGGCAGACAUACAGGAGGAGCAUCAAACACAAAAUAUUACCGACUACCCCCUCAUGUCGAAAGCGAAGAGUAGCCAUGCAUUUCGAGGCUCUCUGGUCGGUUUUUUCGAUCAACUCAUUCAAGCAAUGCAUGACACUGGAAUAUUGUACGACGAACAGCCAUUGAUAGAGAAUAUCGACGUGUGGAUUUCCAGCUUGUCUUCCUCGACCUUGCGACCAUUUCGACAUACUGCUACGCUUGUGGCUUUGACAAUGAUGACCGCAAUGUGCCGGGUUGCAAAUCACGAGAUUGAACUUGCAGCAAAAGUACAGCGCCAACUCGAGUCAGAAAAGAAGAAAAAGGGGGCGAACAAAGCUAGACUGGCAGAUUUCCAGCAGAAAGUCAAGAAGAACGAGAAUAACAAGGCUUUCAUCGAGUUACGGCUCCGAGGAUUUUUCGAUACUGUAUACACUCACAGAUAUCGCGACGUUGAUCCUAAGAUCCGAAUUGAAUGUGCCGAAGCGAUGGGAUCAUGGAUGAUGACGUUGGAGAGUGUGUUCUUCGAGGGGCAAUAUCUGCGAUACAUGGGUUGGAUGCUUUCUGAUACUCAUGGGCCCAUGCGCCUUGAAGUUGUGAAGCAACUAUCUCAGCUGAUGAAAAGUCUCAACCCUGGAGGCAUGCGCCACUUUGUCGAACGAUUUCGCCCGCGUAUGGUUGAAAUGGCAAUACGAGAUUCAGAACCAGGAAUCAGAGCAGCUGCUGUGGAGUUGAUGGACCUGAUUCGUGAAGCCGGCAUGCUAGAGCCAGACGAUAUUGACACUCUGGGCAAAUUGAUUUUCGAUUCUGAGCCGAAAGUACGGAAAGCUAUUGUUGGAUUCUUCUCGGAAAAUAUCAACGACCUGUAUGAGCUAAGAGUGGAGGAGCUUGGCGGUGAAGAGGCCAUUGAAAAUCUUCUAACAGUGGAUGAUGAGGAUGAUUACGAUUCACCACGCGGGGAAUGGAUCAGACUGAAAUGCCUUGCCGAAAGCCUUUUGACCUACGAUGCCCAGGAUUCUGAUGAGUUGCCUAGUCAAAUCGAGGUAGCGGAUUUCCUGGACGUUUCUGGCUCUGAAUCAAGAUUUACCCUUGCUGCACAGGCACUGUAUGAGAAGUUGCCGGUUCUCAAAGACUGGGAAGUACUGGCAGGUUAUCUUUUGUAUGAUCACACAGCUGCUGCAUCAGACGAUGAAGCCGAGAACUCCGUCAGGGAAAGUUUCAGGCCAACCGAGAAAGAAGAACUUAUUCUUCUCGAGAUUUUAAAUGCUGUUGUUAAGGUCGGCCUUGCCCGCGUGGAGGAAUCAGCCAAAGAAAAGGGCAGAAGUAAAAACGCGAAGGCAGAAGCUGAAGAGGCAAAAGACAACGCUGCACGACGUUUGGCCAGUCUCAUCCCUCGCCUGUUAAAGAAAUUUGGGGCGGAUCCAAAGACAGUAACGCUCGUACUGCGAUUGGAGCACGCGUUGAAUCUAGGUGUCUUCCAAGAACUCCGACAAGACACCACAGUCUACUCUCAAUUAUUGGACGAAAUCAGUGCUCAGUUCAAUGGCCAUGCAGAUCGUACAGUUCUCGCCGAAGCCGGGGCAGCAUUCUUGCAUGCUCGAGGAUACGAGGAACUUGAGGAAAUUGCUGAUAACAAGAUUCUGUCGCUCUGGGAGGAUACAGCUAAUUCUCUUCGCCAACUCAACAAGACCGGCAAUAUUGCUGUUCGGGGCUCUUUUAGAGACAAGGUCCUCAGCGAUCUAUCUCAUACUCUCAUAAGAUUAGAGCAGCUGUCCACCAUUGCAAGCUCAGUUGAGACUUUAGAGGAUGCAUCAUCAAGUGGAGAUCCACUUCCCAUCGUCAUACUUUUGGAUAUCGUUGCCCGAGGCGUCUUUGAAGAUGCUAAUGAUGAAGAAAUUGACACCCUCGAGGACGAAAUCGUCUUAUCCGCUAUGAAAUCAGCGAUGUUCUACUUCAUGUGGAAGAUCCGAGGCUUGACUGACGCAGUUGCUAUCGACGACGAAAUUCCUGAUAUUGACAUCGAUCAUCUCAAGGAAUGGCAGGCAAUAUUCAUUCAGAAUCUGACUGCCUCAUUUUCGUCACGAGCUACCCUUGAUCCUGUCCGAUUAAUAGGAGCUGGGACUCUGCUUGACAUACACGUGCUGUUUACUACCCUGCGACCAUCAGAGAAACCCAAGGGUGCUGAAGCUGAUGCCGAUGAGAACCCAUAUUACUUGACACUCAUCAACCAGGUCAUACCCGUGGUUCAACAAGAACUGCUAUCCAUAUUCGAUGCACUGGAGAAGCAGUUUGCCAAGAGAGCGAAAAAGAAGUUGGCAGAGCCAAGCGAUGACGAAGAACCAGAGGAACUCGACGAGGACCCAGAAGACGACGAAGAAGAUGUCACGGACAGCGAGCGACAAGCUGAAACCCUUUCAGCAGAAAAGGAGCUCUGCGAGCUCACAGGAAAACUCGUUCUCGCCAUCCUAGCACAAGUUAUCGACGCUUCAGGACCUCAUAAAGGCAAACUUCGGUCACGUCUUCAGCGAAACCGUCUACGCCUCGGCCCGAACUUCAAGGAUGUCAUCGCCUAUCUUGACGAACCAAAGUCCAAAGCAAAGAAGAGUCACAAAAGCAAAGCUCAGCAGGCUGCGGAUGCGAAGAAGAAGGCCGCUAAGAGCACGGAGUUGGCCGUCGAGGAAGAAGAGGAUGAAGAGGACCCGUUCGCGGACGUCGAGCCAGAAGAGGGUACGGUGGAGGAUCUACGGAGACGAGAGUUACUUGAAGAGGAGCCCGAGGGUAGCGUUGAGGGUAAUGGCGAUGCAGCGGAUGGCUCUGGCGAGGAUGAUGACGACAUCAUGGGGGAUUAGAUAUCGCGGUCUCUGAAUUUGGGCUUGGCUUGUCGAGUCUUGUAGGAAUAUGGUAUGGAGCGAAGUGAUUUGAGCUGCUGGAUCUUGCCUUGGGAUGGAUGGAAUCUGAUCAGAUCAGAGCAUGCGAAUAUUUUGCACAUAAUGAUUGCAUUUUCUGCGUGGUUGUUUUCAUUAUCUACAGCAGCGGCGGCAGUAGCGGUAGCAGAAGCAGCAAAAUUCGUGCUUUGUUUUCAAAUGGCUGGACAUGGAUGUAUGCGGCGAGAUAGGAUGUUCAUGGAUGGUCGGGAUGGUAGUUUAUGAUUCUCAUUUUGCGUUGCGUCGCGUCGCUUAUGCGGAUCAGGAGAUACCGUCCAUACAUGGUACACUAAAUAUCACAGCUUUCGUCACUAGUCUCAUCCAUAUGGGCCUUGUUUUAUAUCUCUUACCCAGGCACUGAUGAAAACGUUGGUAGGGAACAGUGUGGAGGUGUUUAUUCUCAGCUUUCAUAAGGUUUGCUUGCAGCUGCGGCCGAUAGCGCUAUCUCCUACGAAGUGCUGUUGCUAGUAC